GUGCUGGGAGUGGCGUGGGAAGGGAUGGGAAGAACUCCUGGCAGUGGUGCGAGCACAGAGAGGGUGCAGUAGCACAGGGCUCCGGGGCCCGGGCCGUGCCGAGGCUGGUGCGGUGCUGGUGCUCGGUGUCGGAGCUCGGAGUGCUGUGCCCGAUCUGAAGAGCUGUCCUCCAGCCGCUUCUUGAACUCAGAAGCCUGCCCAGCAAUUUUCCAGGGAAAUGCGGAUUCCUUUAGAUACUUCCCAUGUGUUGGUGGACGAGCAGGAGAUGGAAUAACAGAGCUUUGUACAGGACGGUGUUGUCUUCAGACCCAAGGGCAGGCUCUGCAGCACCAGCAGUUCCCACGUGGAGUUUCUACAGUUCUGCUUGCCAUGACCUUCUGGACCACCAGGCAAACACAAUGGGGUCUUGCCAGCCUUGUGCAAUGAACUGUCACUUGCCAGCACUCUCACCAGCCUUCCCGGUACACAGAGUUGCUGCUUGGGACCCUGACCACUUCUGAUUCCUUGCUGUGCUGCUGGCAGGGUGGGAUCGAUGUCCAGUUUGGGACGCUGAGCAGAGCCAAGCCUGUCACCAUUCUCUGUGCCCUUGGCAGACUGUGGAAUCAAGCUGGACCCCUCCCUCUAAAGGGGCUCCAUGUGAGCAAGGAACAGGCUUGGGGCUGUCCAUAUUCAUUCCUGUUGGAAGAGCCAUCUCCUUCACCCUUUCCAUCUGGGACCCAUGUCACUACGGGGGAUGGCACCACAUGGAUGCAAGGCAAGGGCCGGCAGCCUGGCAGCGAGGGACUAGCUGAGCCUGGGCACCGUCUCGGGGCAUAGAGCUGCCUGGGGAGGUGCCAGCAUCCCCAGCACAGCUGCGCUUCAGGGAUGUAGGUGCUGGGCACAGGACGGGUCUGGCAGCAAUGGGCCGGCUAGAUGACCAUGCCAAGAGGAGGAUCGUGGAGCUGCGCAGGGCCGGGCUGAGCUUCCGCAAGAUCAAGAAGGUGCUGGAGCUGGAUGACAUCCGGGUGACGCCGCAGGCCGUGUACCUCUUCCUCAAGAGGAAGAGUGUGGAGCCAGGGUCAGUGGCAGGUGGCUGGGAUGGGGACCAGCCCUGGCCCCCGCUGCAGGGGCAUGAGGCUGAGCCCUCCAGGCUGCUGCGCACCCGGCACCCUGCAGUGCCCUCUGGGGAUCCUACGGGCGGCCAGGCGCCCUGCUCUGCUGGCAGCAAGGAGACCAAGGAGGGCAUCCAGAUUGUCGGUGUGGCCUCGCUCUGCAAGGAUGGUGGGCAGCUUGGGGACACUCUGCCUAUGGGGCUGGCCCCUGGGAAUGGUGAUGACAGCUCCACAGGCGCAGCCCUGGCUCCAGGGACUGCUCUGGGGUGCCUGGCCCCCCCAGCCCAGCCUCUUCCCUGCCAGGGGCAGCUGGUCACACCUGUCACCCAGAACUCAGCCCUGAUGGUGAAAAAGAAGACUGUGGACAGGGCUGUUCUGCAGAAAAAGGUCAAAGAUGCCAGCACUCAGACUGCCUUGCCAAACCCUGUGGGUCCAGGAAAUCACAGCCAUGCUUGGGGUGGACCAGUGCCCCCCACUGCUCCCAGCUGCCCCGCCAUUGCUGAGAAGCUGGACGCUGUACAGAUGGAGGUGCAGAAGCUGAGCCAGGCCCUGCACGCGGUGCUGGAGCGACAGUGCCGCCUGGAACGCCAGCAGGAGCACCAGCAGCGGCUGCAGCAGGAGGUGCUGAUGACACUGCAGCAGCUCAGCUCCACUGUAAGCCACAGCACUGUGCCAGCCACCCAGCCCUGUGGCCCCUUCAGCAGCAUGGCUGAGCCCUCACCCACCAUGCCAAACUUCAGCCAGUUCAAGAUGGAGCUGAUCUGAGCUCCUGCAAGGCCUUUGUGUGCCAGCAGUUUUGUGCUGGACAGUGGAAGGCUGAGGCCUUGCUCCUUCUGUGCUGCUCAUUAUGGCUGGCUCUGGAGCUGGCUGGACCUCAGCAGAAGGCAGUUGCCUCCAAGGAGGAGAUGCAGCUAAGAUGGACACAGCAGGGAGCUGGGAUGCCAAGGAUAAAGGAGGCUUCCUUCUCAUGAGGGUCAAUGCUAUGAUGAUCAAUCUUGCCCUCCCCUCCACAGAACCUUGUUCAGUAAAAAUCUGUCUACGCCAUGGUUCAGAACCAGUGUGGGAUCAGUAUAUGCGUUUUCUCUGCCCCUCACCCAGCCAGUGAGCAGGCUGGAUCUGUCUGGGUCACUAUCAGCAUGCUUGGAACUGCACAGGGUGCAGAAAUACAUGAGGUGUGACCAGCGCUCCACACAUGAUGUUGUUGGAGCCUGGUAUCAGCUGCUGCACCAUUAGUGAUAGAUCAGACUGUGCAGGAAACAGUCUUUUACUGGGCAGAUUCCAUCUUCCUUACUCCACAAACUCAGCAGACUGGAGUCUGGUACAGCUGCUUUCCACUGCCUGGCAAGAUAUGGGCAGGACCAUACCAAUAGAAGUUGCACCUGGUCAGGAACUGAUUGAGUGUUGAGCUCUCUAACCCAUUUUCCUGGGCAGCACACCCUCUGGGUUGUGAUCCCCAAUUGCAAGGGCUGUCCCUAGAGAAGGCUGCUGGUGGUGCUGAGCUGCUCUAGUAGAGCAGGUGAUGCUGAGGACCCCCUUGCCUGGACCAGAAGGGCACAGGGAAGGCUGACGGGCCCUCACUGAGCAAUGGACUCCAGAAGGACUAGAGACUGGCCUUGUCUGCCAGGAAGAAAGGUCUGAUGGAGGUGGCCUUGGCUCAGCAUCCGGCAGUGAAUCCCGAGUGGAGGCAGAGCAUGUGUCCUUCCUCAGCCAAGCAGGCUUCUGUCUGUGCGGGCACCAAGCUUGGCACAACCUGUGCCUGUGAGAAGUCCCCAGCCUGUUUCUGAGAUCUCCUUGAGUCUAAUGUCGAAAUUAAGAAGGGUAAAAAUUCAGGUGUUUGUACGCAGACACACACACAGAGCUGUACACUCAUGCACAGGUGUAGAUGCAUGUGGCAGGUCUCUGCAGCAGCCCUGGUGCAUGGAGGAGCUGGACACCCCCUCUGCUCCCCUAAGGACAUCGCUGGCCCCAGGGCUGUCAGACCCAGCUGUACUCUGGAGCACUAGAAGUCUGCUGCCAUCUGCCUGCCAUCAUUCAUUUUGAUGUUGGUGUCAUUUGAGGGACGUCUGAAAAGCAACAGAUGAAGAAAAACACAUGGUCAGUUGCUCUGCUCUUUUGCAUAAGGCAGCUAAUCUGCACCUCAGGUAUGAAAAGAAGAGGCUGGAUGACCAGCACUCAGCAGGCAUGGUUUCCUAAUGUCUCUGUCAACGUUUUGGAGAAAAACAGGAGAACAGCUGCUGUUCCCUGGCAUGUGUACUUAAAACCACCGUGGUUUCUGAAAGAGCUUCCCUAAAUCUGACUUAGGCUCUUUCUUAAGUUAUUUAAAAAAUAUAUAUAUUUAUACUGGGUUUUUUAUUCCCCAAAUUUAUUCUAAGAACUUUCCUAAUUUCUAACUCUUGUACAUCAGCCCCUUAUCCAGGGCUAAAAAUCCCCCAGUAAAAAUUAAUAAAAAUGAAUCACCUGAGGUGGUUAAAUAACCCAUCCACUG